AUGUCUGUCCGUUCCGUACCUCUCUCUAUCCUUCUGUGCCCCUCUUCCUCUACCACUCCUUCCCCACCCGCUCUGGCCCCCACCCCUCAUGAUUCCCGCCCUGCCAGGGUGCGCCAUCGCAGCAUUGCGUUUGCGGGCGACUCCCUCAGCCAGCAGCAGUUCCUCUCCCUCCUCUGCCUCCUCACCCCCACCCCCCGCUUCAUCCCUCUCCCCUCCCCGCCUCCGCCUCACCUCCCCGUCCUAUCUCCCUCCUCCCCUCUCUUUCAACCAUCCAAUCUGAACCAGCCGCGCUCCCUAAACCCCGACCCAUCUCAGCCUGACACUCUCAACUCUGCUCCUGGAGCAGCCCAAGCACCAGAGGCCGCAGCAGCGGGCGCAGCAGAGGCCGCAGCAGCGGGCGCAGCAGAGGGUGCAGCAGCGGGCGCAGCAGAGGGUGCAGCAGCGGGCGCAGCAGAGGGUGCAGCAGAGGGUGCAGCAGCGGGUGCAGCAGCGGGUGCAGUGGAGGUGGUGGCAGUGGGGCACCUGUUUGGGCUGUCGUGGGCGAGGAGGCCUGUGGCGGGCACGGAGAGGGGCGGCGCCUUCUGGUUCCCCCAUGCCAACCUCACCGUGCUGCAGCGUACCGCCAACUGGCUCGUGCACGUGGAGCGUGUGGUGGCGGGGGGACAGGCGGGAGAGAGCAGUCGCGGGAACGAGGGUGGCAUGGCAGAUGCAGCAGUGAGCGGCACAGCGCCUUCCAGUGACCCGCCGCGCAUGGCCUUGGGCCCACCUCCUCUGGUGCUGCUGCGCACGCUGUCUCCAGCGCACUUUGCUGCUGGCACGUGGAGUACAGGCGGGCGCUGCGACGGGUUUCAGGACCCACUCCGAGGAGAGGAGGCAUGUGCACUCUCUGGGCAGUGCAGGGACACAGCAGCCGAAGAUGCCUUGCGUGCUGCAGCAGGGGUGGGGAGAGCAUCGGCAGCAGAUGGAGCAGACGGAGCAGGAGCAGAGCAAGCAGGGGCAGAGCUAGUGCCAUCAGCAGGAGAUGAAGGACUGGGGGAAGCUACAGCUUUGAGCGGGCUUCGAGCUGCAGCAGAGGGUGCAUCAGGGCAUUCAGUUACAUGGUUACGCUUGAUGAAGGUCUCGCUUCUCUCUGCUCUACGGGCCGACGCACACGUGGCGUCGUUCUACACCUACCGCACAGCACCGAAACAGAAGCACAGAGGGUUUGGAACGGAAGGGGCUGAAGGCUUUUCUCAGUUUGACACAGUAACCAAAAGGAGUGGGCCUGUUCCUUCAGCUGGCUUGGAAACUGCUGCGUUUAAUGUGACAGGACAAGAAGCUCUGGGGGAUAUGAGGGAGAAUACUAUGCCCGGUGAUGGAGUGAAGACACUCGUGCGAGACUGUGUGCAUUGGUGUCUGCCUGGUGUGCCCGACACAUGGAAUGAGUUGCUGUACGCUGAGCUUAUCAGAUCCGGAAAUUUCACUUUAAAGUAA